CUUUCAACGCAUAACACAAACACCACCCAUCUUUCUCUCUCUCUCUCUGUUCUUAUUAUAUUAACUCUGCAUAUUCAUAUUCUCCUCCAUUUCCAACUCCCAACCAAACUACACUAACACACGCACAAAAAGAUCAACACUUUCUUCCUUCUCUUCUCUCUCUGCAUUCUUCAAUAACCUUAUUUCUCUUUCCUCUUUCUAGCAGCAACAGAUGGUGGUGAAGAUGAUGAAGUGGAGGCCAUGGCCUCCACUUGUUUCUCGCAAGUAUGAGGUUAAACUCUUCGUACGGACUCUCAACGGCUGCGAUCUCCUACGCGAAGCUUCACAGAAGGGGUCAUCAACGCCGCUUUCACUCGAAGUUAGGUGGAAGGGUCCAAAACUGAAACUUGGCUCGCUACGCCGCAGCUCCGUCGCCAGAAACUUCACUAGGGAGGUCGAGUUGGCGGCUCUGGAGGAGGGAGAUGAGGUUAACGGAAAAAACGACGUCGUUUCGUGGGAGGAAGAGUUUCAGAGCGUGUGUACCCUCUCUGCUUACAAGGACAAUGUGUUUCAUCCCUGGGAGAUCGGGUUCACUCUCUUCAAUGGGUUGAAUCAAAGGUCAAAGGGAAAGGUUCCGGUGGUUGGAACAGCAUCCUUGAAUCUAGCUGAAUUUGCAUCUGCAGUUGAUCAAAAGGAUUUUGAUUUGAACAUUCCACUCAUACUUUCUGGUGGUUCUGUUGAGCCUUCUCUUUCACUCAGUAUAUCAAUUAGCUUAGUGGAGCUAAGAGCUGCUCAAGAAAGCUCGGAGCUGGUUCCCAAAUCGGUUGUGCCAGUCGCCUCAACCCCACCUCAGUCUGAGGAAACAACCUUGGCUGAAAAAGAUGAGCUUUCCACUAUCAAAGCUGGUCUUAGGAAAGUGAAGAUUUUGACCGAGUUUGUGUCAGUCAGGAAAGCGAAGAAAUCAUGCCACGAGGAAGAGGGGAGUGAAGGCAAUUUCUCUUCUCGGAGCGAGGACGGUGAGUACAAUUACCCACUUGACUCUGAUUCCCUUGAUGAUUUUGAGGAAGGAGAAUCGGAUGAGGUAAAGGAGGCUUCAAGGAAAUCAUUCAGUUAUGGAAAGCUAGCUCAUGCGAACGCUGGGGGAUCGUUCUAUUCUAGCAUGAAGAUAAAUGCCAAUCAUGAAGAUUGGAUAUACUACAGCAAUCACAAAUCUGAUGCUGGGGGUUCACAGAUAGAGGAUUCAUCUGUGUCAGCCACCUCGGAGCCUUACUUAUCACAAAGUUCAAGGCGCAGCAUACUGCCUUGGAGGAAGAGGAAGCUGAGUUUCAGGUCUCCUAAAUCUAAGGGAGAACCAUUGUUAAAGAAGGCCUAUGGGGAAGAAGGUGGUGAUGACAUUGAUUUCGAUCGCCGGCAGCUUAGCUCUGAUGAAUCCCUUUCACCUGGGUCGCGGAAGACUGAGGAUGAUUCAUGCGCAAAUCGAUCAUCAGUGUCCGAAUUCGGUGAUGACAACUUUGCUGUAGGGAGUUGGGAGCAGAAGGAAGUAAUGAGCCGCGAUGGUCAUAUGAAGCUUCAAACACAGGUCUUCUUUGCUUCUAUUGAUCAACGCAGCGAACGUGCAGCAGGUGAGAGUGCGUGUACGGCUCUUGUUGCUGUCAUUGCCGAUUGGUUCCAAAGCAAUCGUGAUCUCAUGCCCAUAAAGUCCCAGUUUGAUAGCUUAAUUCGAGAAGGCUCAUUAGAAUGGAGGAAUUUGUGUGAAAACCAGACAUAUAGAGAACGAUUUCCCGACAAGCAUUUUGAUCUUGAAACAGUCAUUCAAGCCAAAAUACGUUCCCUGUCUGUGGUUCCUGAGAAGUCCUUUAUUGGUUUUUUCCAUCCAGAGGGAAUGGAAGAGGGGAGAUUCGACUUUCUUCACGGUGCCAUGUCUUUUGAUAACAUUUGGGAUGAGAUCAGUCACACAGCACAGGUGUGCGUGAACAAUGGUGAACCGCAACUUUACAUUAUUAGUUGGAAUGACCAUUUUUUCAUCCUCAAAGUCGAAUCCGAUGCAUACUACAUCAUUGACACAUUGGGAGAGCGGCUUUAUGAAGGAUGCAAUCAGGCAUAUAUCUUGAAAUUCGACAGCAACACAACAAUAUACAAGGUGCAAGAUGAUGUGCAGUCCUCAGAUGAAAAAACAUCCUCUGACCUUCAAACUGUAGCUGAAGUAUUAGACAACAAUGACAAGCAGAUCCAGCAAAUCAAUGGUAAAGAGGUUGAUCCUGCAGCGGAUACGGAAGAACAAUUGAAGUCUCAGCCUGAAGAAGAGGCUGUUUGCCGAGGGAAAGAAGCCUGCAAAGAGUACAUCAAAAGCUUCUUGGCAGCAAUUCCUAUUAGAGAGUUGCAAGCAGAUGUCAAGAAAGGUUUAAUCUCAUCAACCCCACUUCACCAUAGACUCCAAAUUGAGUUUCACUACACUCAAUUGUUGCAGUCUUAUGAUGUUGUACCAGUGGUUGGUUCAGUGGCUGAACCAUCAUCCAUGACCAUGAUGAAUGUGCCAGAAACUCUUGCCCUUGCAGUAACUGAGAUUCCAGUAUAAUCCUAUUGUAAAUUGUAUCAAGUGAGGUUAUUACUCUAAUUAGUCUUAACUACUUAAAAGGGGUGUUUUUAACUUUUUAUGAUCUAAGAUUAACAAGAAAAAAAAAAAGGCUCAUUGAAUGAGUUCUGUAAUGUGGCAGUUGCCUUGUUUUUGGACUAAUCCUUUUUAGGGAAAAGGGUAUCUUGUAAAUGUAUCUGUAAUUUUCCCUUCCUUUUUUUCAAGUGAGCUCAA